GAUAGUCAUCAGGAGGAGAAAAUCCCUAUUCCUAACAGCAGCUCGACUCGAUUAAGCUUUCGGAAGCUCUGGGCCUUCACAGGGCCUGGCUUUCUGAUGAGUAUUGCAUACCUGGAUCCAGGAAACAUUGAAUCUGACCUUCAGUCUGGGGCGAUUGCAGGAUUUAAGAUCAUUUGGGUCUUGCUGUUGGCCACGAUACUGGGGCUCAUGUUACAGAGGCUGUCGGCCAGGUUAGGUGUUGUAACUGGCAUGCAGUUAGCCGAGGUGUGUCGCAGGCACUAUCCCAAGUUCCCUCGAAUUCUGCUGUGGCUGAUGGUGGAGCUGGCAAUCAUUGGCUCAGACAUGCAGGAAGUGAUUGGAUCAGCCAUAGCUAUUAACCUGCUGUCUGUCGGAAGGAUUCCCCUGUGGGGAGGAGUGCUAAUCACGAUUAUAGACACCUUCUUCUUCCUCUUCUUGGAUAAGUACGGUUUAAGAAAACUGGAGGCUUUGUUUGCGUUCUUCAUUGCAGUAAUGGCUGUGACCUUUGGAUACGAGUAUGUGACGGUAAAACCAGACCAAGUGCAGCUGUUGAAGGGGAUGUUUGUGCCCACCUGUGAAGGCUGUGGGACCAGGGAGCUGCAGCAAGCUGUUGGCACUGUCGGAGCUGUAAUCAUGCCCCACAACAUCUACUUGUACUCGGCGUUGGUCAGGUCCAGAGACGUGAACCGAGCCAACAAGACCGAAGUGAAGGAGGCGAAUCGUUACUACUUAAUCGAAGCCUGCAUGGCUUUGUUGCUGUCGUUCAUCAUCAACGUCUUUGUGGUCUCAGUGUUUGCCGAAGCAUUUUAUAAUAAGACCAAUGGACAGGUGCACGAAGUGUGCGCCAACAGUAGUAGUCCACACUCUGACCUCUUCCCGAACAAUAACAGCACUCUCAAUGUCGACAUCUACAAAGGGGGCGUUGUGUUGGGCUGUUACUUUGGUGCUGCUGCUCUCUACAUCUGGGCCAUUGGCAUCCUGGCCGCAGGUCAGAGUUCGACCAUGUCAGGGACAUAUACGGGACAAUUCGUCAUGGAGGGUUUCUUGAACCUCAAGUGGUCUCGUUUCACCCGUGUGGUCUUCACACGGACAAUCGCAAUUACCCCCACCCUGUUGGUGGCUGUUUUCCAAAGUGUGGACACGCUGACAGGAAUGAAUGACUUGCUGAAUGUUCUGAUGAGUUUGCAGCUUCCAUUUGCAUUGAUCCCGGUAUUGACGUUUACCAGCAUGGGCUCAGUCAUGCACGACUUCGCUAAUGGGCUAGUGUGGAAGAUCAUCGGGGGAUUUAUCAUUCUGAUCAUCUGCUGCAUUAACAUAUAUUUUGUGAUCGAUUAUGUGAGGAGUCUGCAUGUGAUGGCAUUCUACAUUGUGGCUGCAGUCAUAGCAGUUGCCUACCUGUCUUUUAUAAGUUACUUGGUGUGGUUUUGUUUGGUUGCGAUGGGUGUCCAGACCAUAGCCUGUGGACGGACGGUGAGCGCGAGCAGGGUGAUGAUCUUGGAGGAUCAGAAGCAGACAUUCCGUCGGACAGGAUCCCAGCGCUCGGCAGACACUAGUACCUUCCAGUGA